UGACAGGCCUCCCGGGAACACAGAGCAGCCACUUCAUGUGAGAAACGAUAUAUGUCUGGAAGGAAUCGUCACAGCGGUCCGAGCUAGAGGGAAAAAAAAGAAUAAAAGAGGACGACUCUAAUGAGAGGAGAUAUUGCCUAAAAUCUGAAAAAAUAUUACGAUCAGCAUGGGAGAGACAGUAUUUGACCUUCACUUUGGCAAGAGGCAGAAAUGUGUCAUCUUCAAAACUCAGGCAUAAGCUUGGAUGGUGGCAAAUUUCUACCCUACAUAUAAAGCUUCAACCUUGUAUCCAGAAUGUGCAGUGCACUUGAGAACACGAGUUUCCGAUAUUUAUCCUUCCAGAUUUACCUGCCUAUUUCAGAUACUUUAAAAUACUGCCUUCUGGCUCUUGCUAUUGCUUUGUUCCUAGCUGCUCUCAUUCUUUUAGCAUGCAAAAUGCAUCAGUAUUAUGCAUAUAAAGCAACAUCAAUUGUAAAAGACAAGAAAUUUAUCAGUGGUUCAAAUGCUGAAAAGAAAAGUGAAGGAAACAUUCUUGUUAAAAGUUUAUCUCCUGACUUUUUUGAGGUUGCAAGAAAGGAACAGGACUCAAAGAUUCAACUCAUGCAAAAGGAAAUGGAGAAACUGGAAGUACACUUGACCCCUUCACCUCCCAGUACAGAAAGCCUAGAUGAUGUAGGCAGUGACUCUGAUCGUCCUCAAGGGCCCAGAGGAAAACUUAAGUAUAAUGUUCAUUAUAAUAAAAAGACAACCACUUUAAUUCUCAGUGUCAUUGAAGCUACAGAUCUUCCAGAAUACAGCAGAGAUCCAUUUGUAAGAAUUCGAGUUUUCUCCAAAGCUGACGAAUCACAAUCUGAUGUCCAAUCUGUCAUUCAUGAAUGUGAAACCAGAGUAGUAAAAAACAGUAGAAAUCCAAUAUUUGAUGAAGAUUUUUCAUUUUCUGUAAAGGACUACCCAUUAUGGAACCUUCUUCUAAAGCUUGAGGUGAAAGAUUUUGACAAAUAUUCCAGACAUACCCUUAUUGGCGAGAUAAGGACUGCACUGAAGGAUCUAAAAGUUUCUGAAACAUUGGAAUUUAAUGAAGAUUUGCAGGAGAAAACAAAGGACAUAAUUGGAGAAGUACUGAUAUCAUUGAAAUGUCUACCUACUGCACAGAAAAUAGAAGUUGGGAUAUUAAAGUUCAAAACGAGUUCAUCUAGCAUUAUUAAGGAGAGAGAUGUAUAUGCCAGAAUAGAUGUAUUCAGUAACCAACACAAGCAAAAGCAUCAGAAGUCAAGUCUACGAGCAAAAUCAAAAGUAACAGUGUUCAAUGAGACUUUUCUUUUUAGUCUUCCUGACCCGGGCAAAACCCAAUGUUUUAUUCUUAUCUCACUGUAUGAAACUUUGGCCACUGGAAAGAAGCUUAUUGGGCAAGCUACGCUGGGCAACCAGAAGAAUAAAUUUAAAGAUAAUCAUUGGGAUCUGAUGAUGCAGACACUACGUCAGCCAGUAGCUGACUGGCAUCCACUUUAUAUAUAAAGAACUCAAAAGACUGCUGAAUAUUUCACCAGGUUGUUAGCUUUAUGGACAAUAGUACUUUCGUACUUUCGUUUUGUUAGAGGCUAGUUAAGAAUUAACAGACUAUGAACAUUCAGGCAUAAUUAACUGAAGAUCAUUUUGAAAAGUGUCCAUAUGAAACUAAUGGACUGAUUCUGUAAUUACUCCUAAAGAAAGGCCUGUUGUGGCACAGUUAGGUCAUAUUCUCCAUAUACAUUUUGUUAUGUAAUAUAACAAUAAACAAG